CAGCGGCAACUUUGUUUCGUUCCCGCCAUUUUCAACUUUUACCUCUCAAACUGGGCUCCAGCAAUACCAUCAAAACCGAAAGAUUAUCGCUACAAAACUGGGCUUGUAACCAAGUUUAAACGACAUGGACGGUACUCAGAAACGCAAAGGAGGUCAGGAUGGCAGCAGCUCUGCUAAACGUGCUCGCAAUGAUGAUGGCACUUCGGUUAGUUUCGAAGAAGAGUUAGCCUCGCUCGGUGAAGUCUCCAUUAGAAAUCCACAGUCUAAGUGGCCCAGACCAGCCGUACCAAAAUUAAACUGUUCUACCGAUAGCAUUGUGUUUCAGCAACUGGAGGUGGAUAACUACAUAGGUCAACCCCUUCAAGGAAUGCCCGGUUCAAAGGUUGGUCCAGUGCCGAUAGUUCAAAUGUAUGGCGUGACGAUGGAAGGGAACAGCGUUCUGUGUCACAUCCAUGGUUUUGUGCCAUACUUAUAUGUCCCUGCUCCUCCUGGAUUUCAGCAGAGUCACUGCAGUUUGUUUCAGGAUGGUCUUAAUAAGGCUGUGCUGAGUGACAUGAGAUCCAAUAAAGACAAUGUGUCCCAAGCUGUCCUAGCUGUUGACUGUGAGAUGAAGGAGAGCAUCUAUGGGUAUCAUGACAACAGAAAGAUUCCCUUUCUUCGCAUCACAAUGGCACUGCCAAAACUUAUUGCACCAGCAAAAAGGAUUUUAGAGACAGGCUUUAGAUGUGCAGAAUUCCCAGAGAAGGGAUACUCCACGUAUGAGAGUAACAUUGAUUAUGAGGUGCGGUUCAUGGUAGACACAGGAGUUGUUGGCUGUAACUGGAUAGAGUUGCCGGCUGGAAAAUAUAAAUUGCGCUCCCCUUCAGUUGAAGGAAGUGCAAAGAGCGAUGCUCGACCUGUAUCACAUUGUCAAAUUGAAGUUGACAUAGCCUACGAUGAAUUCAUCAGUCAUGCCCCUGAAGGCGAAUGGUCCAAAGUAGCUCCUGUUCGCAUCCUGAGUUUUGAUAUAGAAUGUGCGGGAAGAAAGGGUGUGUUCCCUGAACCAGAGAAAGAUCCCGUGAUUCAGAUCGCAAACAUGGUUAUAAACCAAGGUGACAAGGAUCCAUUCAUCAGGAACGUCUUUACGCUCAACUCAUGUGCACCAAUUGUUGGAUCGCAAGUGUUAUCAUUUAGUAAAGAAGCAGAUAUGUUAAAGGCAUGGAGUGAUUUUGUCAAGAGAGUUGAUCCUGACAUCAUAACUGGCUACAACAUUGUGAACUUUGAUCUUCCAUAUCUGAUCAAUCGAGCAGCAGCUUUGAAAGUACAUACCUUCCCACUGCUAGGACGAGUUCAAGAUGAAAAGAGUACAAUAUCAAACACAACUUUCCAAUCUCGUGCUUAUGGAAAGCGAGAAAACAAAGUCAUAAACAUUGCUGGCCGCGUGCAGUUUGAUUUGUUACAUGCACUGCUUAGAGACUAUAAAUUGAGGUCCUACACUCUGAAUUCUGUCAGUUUUUAUUUCCUUCAAGAACAGAAAGAGGAUGUACAUCAUAACAUCAUCACAGACUUACAGAAUGGGAAUGACCAGACCCGUCGCCGACUGGCUAUCUACUGUAUGAAAGAUGCAAUUCUCCCACUGAGGUUACUGGAGAAGCUUAUGUGUGUAAUUAACUACAUGGAAAUGGCUCGUGUUACUGGAGUCCCACUGAGUUACCUGUUGUCCAGAGGACAGCAGAUUAAAGUUGUUUCACAGCUUCUAAGAAAGACCAAGGAGCAAGAUCUGUUACUUCCUGCUCAUAAGGCAGAAGCUGGAGAGGAAUACACUGGAGCCACUGUCAUUGAACCAUCAAAAGGGUACUAUGACAUCCCUAUUGCCACACUUGAUUUCUCUUCUUUGUACCCUUCGAUCAUGAUGGCUCAUAACUUGUGUUACACAUCUCUUCUGCAUCAAAGCAAUCUAAAAGAUCUGAAGCCAGAUGAAUUUAUCAAGACCCCAUCUGGAGAUUAUUUUGUAAAGUCAACCCUCAGGAAGGGACUGCUGCCAGAAAUCCUUGAGAAUCUGUUGUCUGCAAGGAAAAAGGCUAAGGAUGACUUGAAAAAAGAAACAGACCCUUUCAAGAAAAAGGUUCUUGAUGGUCGGCAGCUGGCUUUGAAGAUAAGUGCUAACUCAGUGUAUGGUUUUACUGGAGCCCAAGUUGGCAAACUCCCUUGUCUGCCUAUUUCACAGAGUGUUACUGCCUUUGGUCGCAUGAUGAUAGAGAGAACUAAAGAGCUUGUGGAAUUAAAGUAUACAGUUGAAAAUGGUUAUAAGACAAAUGCACAGGUAAUUUAUGGAGACACAGAUUCUGUGAUGGUGAAGUUUGGAGUGGAAUCUGUUGCAGAGAGCAUGGAGCUUGGCAAGGAAGCUGCUUCCUAUGUCUCUGGACAUUUCAUAAAACCCAUCAAACUGGAGUUCGAAAAGGUGUACUUUCCUUAUCUUCUGAUCAGCAAGAAACGUUAUGCUGGCUUGUACUUCACUAAAGCUGACAAGCAUGAUAAAAUGGACUGCAAGGGGAUUGAAACUGUAAGGAGAGAUAACUGUCCACUUGUAGCAAAUCUUAUCAACUCUUGCUUACAGAAAAUUCUCAUUGAAAGGAACCCCAUGGGAGCUGUUGAGUACACCAAGCAAGUGAUAUCAGACCUACUGUGCAACAGAAUUGAUAUCUCACAGCUGGUUAUUACAAAGGAGUUGACAAAGACUGGAGACGAGUAUGCUGGAAAACAGGCACACUCCGAGCUGGCAGAAAGAAUGCGGAAGCGUGACGCUGGAUCUGCUCCCAAGCUGGGAGACAGAGUUCCGUAUGUCAUCAUAGCUGGUGCAAAAGGAGAGAAAGCUUAUGAAAAAGCAGAGGAUCCUAUCUAUGUUCUGGAAAACAACAUUCCAAUCGACACAAAAUACUAUCUUGAGAACCAGUUGUCAAAUCCUCUGCUGAGAAUAUUUGAACCAAUUCUGGGAGAGGCUAAGGCAACUUCAGUGCUCCUCAAGGGUCAACACACUCUCACAAAAACUAUAGUCACAUCAAAAGUUGGCAAGCUGGCCAUGUUUACCAAGAAGAGAAGUACUUGUAUUGGGUGUAAAGCAGUCCUGGAUGAUGAUGCUGCCGUCUGUAAACACUGUAAACCAAGAGAGUCUGCCCUCUUUCAGAAGGAGAUUUCCCAUCUAAAUGUAUUGGAAGAGAAGUUUGCUAGGUUAUGGACUCAGUGUCAGAAUUGUCAAGGAAGCUUGCACUCUGAUGUGCUCUGUACAAGCCGUGACUGUCCCAUCUUUUACAUGAGAAAGAAAGUCCAAAAAGACCUUUCUGAUCAGGACAAACUCAUUCAGAGAUUUGGAGACUUCACUUGGUGAUCAAACGACAAGGAGAUGAGAGAUGGUUAUACAUGGCUCAGUAGAGAUCCAAUUAUGAAUUACAUAAGUGGCAGCAUCCAAAAAAUGUGGUGUUUACAUGUAUACCAUUGGUGGAGCCAUGAUAGUAAUAAUUGUACAUUGAAGAGGGUUGUAUCCUCUUCUGUGUGUACUUGAAAAGCAGAUUCUGGCCGUUAUAUAGUGUUUAGAAAUCAGAGAUGCAU